AUGUCCGGCCUACCAUCUGAUGACCUCGUCGAGGAUUACAAGAUCUCUUUAGAGGAUCUCACCACCAAUGACCGAUUCCAGAUCAAUAACCUCACCGUCAUAGCUAGAGAGAACACCGAACACGCCAUGGCCAUCUCUAGAGUCUUGGAGAACCAUAUCGGACAGACGCCUCCCAUGCAGAAAUUGCCGGCUCUCUAUGUAGUCGAUUCCAUUGUCAAGAACGUUGGAACUCCCUACACUCUGUUCUUGGGACAACACAUGUAUCAAACCUUUAUGAAUGCGUACGCGACGGUUGAUCAAGCUACUCGUCGCAAGCUGGACGAAAUGCUCAAGACGUGGAAGGAGCCUGUACCUGGCUCACUGGACACUCGUCCCGUCUUUCCCUCCGACAUCACUCGCACCAUCGAGAAUGCUCUGAUUCGAGCACGCACCGCUGCCAUUGAACGAGAGCGACCCCAGGUCCAGAUUAAUCGCGGUCGUGGAACGCCUACAGGCCGGUCCAACAACAACAACACACCACCGCAAGGCACGGCUCGUCCGCCACCCCAACAUGCCAACAACGGGCGUUCCAUGCAUACAUCGGUAGGAGAUCUCGCCAAAUUCUGGACUACGGCCCAUGCUUAUCAUACUGUCAUCUCGCAGACACCUCCUCAAGGUCAUCAUCCCGUGGAAUCUCUGAAUCGAGAUCUCGAGGCCUUGAUCGCUGCUGCAAGAACCAACUUUGCCAAUAGCCCCUUUGACCCUGCUUCCCAGGCGCGUUUGAAAGCGCUACUUGAUCUCCAGGGCAUUUUACAGAACCAGCAGCUCACUCCAGACCAGCUAAAGCUCGUCCGAGACCAGAUCUCCGCUAUGGCAGCGUCGAAUACAGUUCCCAACGUGCCUGUGGCAGCACCUCCAGUUCCAGUUCCAGCACCCGUAUCAACACCGCCAGCACAGCCCUCGUCGCAACCCUUACAAAAUCUUCUCAAUUCGUCCACCCUCGCCGAUCUCAUCAAAGCAACGGCAAAUCGACAGCAGCCUACUCCACCCCCACAAAUCCCCAAUGCUUUCCCUACGAUGCCCCAGAUUCCAGUUAGCAGUACGCCACAACCUGCCGAAAAUCCACUGAUUGCCCAACUUCGCGCGCGUGGCCUGCUUCCUUCUCAUUCCGCGCCGCCUGCGAUGUCUUCCAGCGGCACACCGCCAAUGGGAGGAUCUAUGCCAUUUUAUAUGCCUGGUCAACCACUUUCUACACCGCCAGCCCCGACACCACCCCAAGCAGGUGCCGCAUCCAUGGUUCCUAUGAAAACUGCGUUCAUGAAAUUUCCCCGGCUCAACCUUGUGGUCACUCUCUAUGACGCAAAGUCAAACAAAUGCGGCACCUGUGGGCGUCGCUUUCCUACGACGGCAGAAGGCAAGGAAAAGAAAGCACGGCAUUUGGACUGGCACUUCAAGACUAACCAGCGUAUGGUUGAUGCUUCCAAGCGGGCCCAGAACCGCAGCUGGUAUGUCGAUGAAAGGGACUGGAUUAAAUCCCGCGAGGCUAGCGAUGACUCAGGCCCGGCCGACACGGAGACCACAACCGAUGGAGAAGUUGGAGCAGAUGGCAAGGCCUCAAAACAAGGACCGCCCAAGGCAUGGAUCAGGGCGCCGAACGAUGCUAAACUUCGCAACACCCCUUGUCCCAUCUGCCAGGAGAUGUUUGAAUCGACAUGGUCUGAAGAUGUCCAGGAUUGGAUCUGGCAGGAUGCUAUCAAGGUUGCCAGCAGAGUCUAUCACGCUAGCUGUUAUGCCGAAGUGACGGCGAAUGGCCCAGUGCCGCGCAGCUCGACACCGCAAGGACGAAGCGGUACACCCGACUCGGUCCUGGGCAAGCGGAAGGCGGAGGGCAAUGACUCUCCGGGACUUAAUGUGCGGAUUAAGAUGGAGCCUGCAUGA